AUGCUUAAUAAGGUGAUCUGCUUCUUAGCUCCCUUUUACUUGCGCGCACCGUACAUUAUCGACUUAUAUGAUAAUUUCCGUCCGACGGUUUUGCACGAAGGGAACCGGCACAGCAACCACGGCCGCGUUCUCACAGAGUACGUUUCCAGCAAUUUCAAUGAAGACCGUAAGAGCAGACAAGCCAGUGGGGGCUUGAGGGGGAUACGAGAAGAAUGCUUUAGGGAGUCGGAUCAAGGAAAUGAAGACAGGGGGGAGGGACCCUUCUCCACUGCUGACGCGAAGGAUGGGCAUGAAGUCUGUCAUGGAAAGUAUGGACGGCAGAAUUUUCACCUGCACAUGCCGAACGGUGACAGAUCAGAUGGUGCUAGCAGGGUCGAUAGUAAUAUGUUCAGUAUGGACUACAGCCCGUACAACAGUGGGAGGAUCUUCUAUCGGGAUAACUGGUUGUACUACGAGAGAAUGAUGACGCAUCUGCUUAGCCUGGCCAUCCUCUUCUACAGCAAUAAUUCCUACAUGGAAAAAAUGGCCACGCAACUACCCCCAAAUCACUACUUCUUAUAUAAUUUCCUCCAACAAGACAUUAACGGAUUAUAUGAAAAUAAUAUCAGCCAAAUUUGUGAAGAUUUUUAUGAAGUAGAAAAAAAAGAAAAGACAAUUGAAUCGAAAGGAAUUGAAAAAUAUCACUUUGCCUUUAACCGCAUGGAGUGCACAUUGAACUCGUUCCUUGAUGAAAUCCUACGGAAGAUGGAUUCUCUACACCUAAGCUUUGAGUCCUUACCCAUAGAAUUUAGCUUGCGAAGGAAUGAACUGAUAGACGAAGUUAUCAAGUCCACUCCAAAUGAAAUAAAUGAUAUUUAUUUAAUAACGUAUAAGUUCUUCGACUCCAUAUGCUCCUGUCUGGAUAUGACCUCCUCCUUUAACUUCAACUACGUCAGCAAGAAGAUACUUAGCAACCUGAACGGAGAGGGAAAUUUCCACAGAAAUGUCAUUUUAGAAAUGAAAAAAAUAAAUUACUACAUAACCAACAUACAUAACAAUAUAGUGGAGUAUAUAAAGGAUUUAAAUUCUUAUUUCAAGAAUUUUUUUGAUUAUGCCGCUCGGGAAAAUUUAUUUUGCGAGCCUGUGUUGUAUUCCUACUCACUCUUUUUGGAUUACUACCUAACUACGAUGGAUCAACUGAUGAUCCAUCUGAACCUUCAUUUAAGGUACCCUGUUAGCAAGGAUUCGCAAACAAGUCUCAACCAUAUAUACAAAGAAAUAAAAACGCAUGCAAAUAAUUUGGGCUGCACUAUACGACGUUUUUACUUUAAGAGGAAUAUUAAAUCGGACCCCGAGUUUUCUAUCAUACCUUUCUUCGCAGAUUUUAAUUUUAGGCUACGCCUAGCAGAUAUGUAUAACAACGAAAAGUACGCCAACUUCAUCCCCCUCAUGAUAAACAUUAUUGACUACCUCCGCGCCCUCGUGGCUUCCAUCGUUUCUCUUGUCAUGCUACAAACGGUAUAUGCCCUUCUUGUGGACACAGAAAAUGGGCACAUCAAAGACGUCGACGCUGUGAAGGCUCUCACUUACCUCACCGAGUAUAUGUCUCACAACAGUUCCCUCUUCGCCCCCCCCCUGAAGGAGAAGCACUAG